UACUGUACAUGUAUUCCUCUUUUGCUAGUUUAACUGUACUCAAAGUUGAAGCAAGUCGUGUAACAACAAUGAAAUAAAUCAAAUAAAAAACAUUUCAUCUCAGAGUAAUUCAAAUUUUUAUUGAUAACAUUACUACGAAUUGAAUAUGGCUGUUGCUAUUAAUUCAUUUGACGAUUGGUUGUUGAAAAAGCUACGAUCCUUGAACACUGAUGAAGGAAUAUUCGGAUCAUACAUAAAAGGAAUAUUAGAAAGUGAUGACUCUGAAGAUGAAAAAAAUGAAGCGCUUCAAAACUUAUUAUCAAGUGUUACGGAAAAUGACACUAGUAUCCAUGUAUCAGAAAUUCUGUCCACAUGGAUAGAUUGGCUCUCUUCUAGAGACGGAAUAAAUUCUGGUUCAUGCAUUGAAGAUAUGGAUGUUCGUUUAGCCAGAAUGUUAGAAUUACAAUCUAUUCCUACUAUUACCCAGCGAAAUUAUACUGACGAAGAGCGCCGUAUCCGUGAAACUAUUCUAGCUCAGUAUAGUCAAACGUCAGCUGAAGGAAAAAGUGAUGAAGAAGAUGAAGAAAAAGAAUUUAUUGGAACUGGUAUGAUUGAAAAGAAUACAAACGUUGCGAACAUCAUUCAACAAGAGAAAGAAAAACGAGAAAAAGCAAAAUUAGACAGUCAAAAAAAGAAAGAAAAGGAUAAAGAAGAUCGAGAAAAACAAAAACAAUCUAAAGACGAACGAAAAGAAAAACGCAAAACACAAAAAGGAGAAAGAAGGCGGUAACGCUGAUAAUCUGUAUGAAUUAUUCAAAUAUUACUUUUAAUAAAAAUUGGAAAAUUUUUGCGGAUAAUGCUCAGCAGUAUUUUCACUUAUAAAGUACCAAUAAUCCUGGAAUGACGGUGUAUCUCAAUUUCAAUAAAGUUCAAAAAAAAUAAU